CACCACCAGGCCGAGCGGUGGCGCUGCAUUCUGACAACACACUCGAAGCAGGAUGACUUCCGUGAGGGUGAUGCUCAUGUUAUAACAGGGUUGUUUAACUGUUUGCAACUGGAUCUAAUUCCUCGGAAAUGUUGUCAGCGACAUGUCUGCGGAGCUUGUAUUCACCUCGGCUCGCCGUGCUUCCUUUGCGGCUGAAGACGAGCCUGCAGUCGGUUUGUGAAGCUGCUCCGUGUCGGGCGCUGUGCAGGACUGUGAGCUCCAAUAUCAACAAGGACACAUGGCACAGCAAGUUCUCAGCUCCGGGUUUUAAACCCCAGCUGUUUGACCACAUAGGAGGACUGUGUCCGAUCAGGAGGUGCUCCACGAGCCACGUGAAACAGAACUGCUGGAACUGUCAGCAGGUUCUGGACAGAACACCCGCUUUCUUCUGCAUGGCAUGCAAAGUGGUGCAACCCCCAGAUGAAGGGACAUCCUAUUUCAAGAUCAUGGACUGCGAUCACACUUUCACACUGGACACACAGAAGCUGCAGAGAAGAUAUCUGCAGCUCCAGAGGUCUCUUCACCCGGACAACUUCAGCCAGAAAUCUGCGAAGGAGCAGGAGUAUUCUGAAAGCCAGUCAGCUCUGGUGAACAAAGCAUACACGACUCUGCUCAAGCCUUUGAGUCGCGGUCUUUAUAUGCUGGAGCUGGCGGGGAUGCACAUAGACGAGGGCACCGACUCCGGAGCCCAGACGGACUUUUUGAUGGAGCUGAUGGAGAUCAAUGAGGCCCUCGAUGAAGCGCGGACUCCAGCGGAGGCCGAGAGGAUCGGCCAGGACAUGAAAGGGAAGCUGGUGGACUUAACAAAGCAGAUAGAUGCAGCCCUCUGUGAAGGGGAGCUUCAGACAGCUAAAGCUCUGCUGGCCCAGAUGAAAUACUAUGCAAACAUCGAAGAGAAAGUCAAAGAAAAACUAACUGAAUUUAUGUAGAUUUUUUUUUUGCCUUUAUUUAAUAUUUUAGCCACGUUACAGUUUUAUACAGAAUUGCACAAGUUUUUGCACAUCUGCCAUGUGAUGAUGCAAUUUUAUUGUUUCAGAUGAAUAAAAAACCGUGACUUGUGUUGCAUUAUACACAACCAAAUC